GGUAGCAACGCAAAACAAGCUAUUACUCCAACUUCGUUACCGCCGAACGUUAUUCGUUUGCCACAAACAAACCAACUUGAGGCUUUAUUAACUAUUAUUAGGAAUCGUGCUACGCCACGUGGUGAUUUUAUUUUUUAUUCGGAUCGAAUUAUUAGGUUGUUGGUCGAAGAAGGAUUGAAUCAUUUACCAGUCGAAGAAAAAGCCGUUGUUACGCCCACAGCUACUGAAUAUCAAGGCGUUAAAUUUAUAGGCAAGAUAUGUGGUGUAUCAAUUAUGCGUGCGGGUGAAUCCAUGGAGCAAGGAUUACGUGACUGUUGCAGGAGUGUCAGAAUUGGAAAAAUUUUAAUUCAGCGUGAUGAAGAGACUGCUAAACCGAAGCUUUAUUAUGCGAAAUUACCUAAUGAUAUUGAUAAACGAUACGUACUGUUAUUAGAUCCAAUGUUAGCGACCGGCGGUUCAGCAAUAAAAGCUAUCGAUGUUCUAAUUGCAAAUGGGGUACGCGAAGAUCGAAUACUCUUCCUAAAUCUAGUAGCAGCUCCAGAAGGCAUAGAGGCCGUGACCAAACGCUUUUCUCAGUUGAAGAUUGUGACGGCCUGUGUUGACCAGGGGUUGGAUGAGAAAAAGUAUAUUGUGCCUGGAUUGGGAGAUUUUGACAGUGACUCUUAUUUGGAUCGCGCGUGGUCGGAACUCGAUAAUUUGGAGUUGAUUUUCGACGGGGUGAACAAACCGACUUUAGUGUCGGAAUGGAAUUGCACAGAUACCACGAUUGAUGGGCAGAUGAAUCUUAGUGGAAAUAAGCGAGUGAGGAUGUGUGUAUUUACGAAUUUCUGUGUGGAUAGAGAUCGCGGUGCAUUUCUUGUUCAAAACAGUUCAAAGCCUAGACCACCUAUAGUUAAUCUUGUGGCGUCUGACAAAGAAUCAGAUCGAGAUUGGACACCACGUAUAUUUGCACAAUUCCCAUCACGGCGCUAUUCUUUAGUUGACGAGAAAGUAUUUGUGUACGGAUUAGAUAGUCCAUACGAGUUUGGUCAUUGGAUGUUUAAUGGAAUAUUACCGUUGUGGAGCGUAAUGAGAAGUUAUAAUGCUACACCCGAAUCCUGGCUAUUUCGCGCAGACGUGUGGAACGGAGAUCGUGCACCGUCUAGAUUCGACAUGAGCUACCUGUCAUCAAAAGGUCGUGAUAUUGUACUAGAUCCAUUUCACAAAACAUCGGCUUUUCAGAUUUUAGCACCAGGUGGAACAGUUCCAGUAUGCUUCACGAGUGCUAUUGUUGGUUUGGGUAAUCGAUGUUCACAUAAAUUUUGUGAUGGAAAUGUCGCAGGAGAUGAUGGUGUCACGUUGAAAGAGCAAAUUUUUGGACAUUAUAAAGUAGAUAUCGAAGCACUUGCUGAAAGACAGAAAGAACAAGAAGAAAAAGAAGAAAAGGAAAGAAACAAACAAAAAGAACAAAGUUUAACCACUGGCAGUAUAACAAUUGAUAAUAACAGCAGUAAUUAUAAAUAUAAUUUCACAAUUCCCAAAGAUUUUCGAGUUGGUCUGAUUAAGCGACAAGACAUACAACAAAUAGUGAAUUUCGAUGAGUUGGUAGAUGCGCUCAUAAAUCGUGGGUACCAACCACAAAUAAUCAACCACAGUUCCGACAAUAACAAUGAUGACGAAUUCAUCGAGUCCGCAUUCUUGUAUCGAAAUCUCUCAUUACUUAUCGGGUCACACGGCAACGCAUUGACCAACGCACUGUUCAUGCCACAAUCAUCUACAGUUCUCUCAAUCUCCACAAAGUUUGGGAACGACGGACAAGAAACGUGGUUCGCGGGGCCAAUGUUAUCUCUCGGAAGAAGGUUUUAUGAUUGGGAGUGCCAGGAACAGAGUUGUGUUGAGACUGAUCGUGGAUUGGCACGUAAGUGUCUCGAAGAGGAGAAAGUUGUAAUUAGUCCCGAAGAAAUGGAGGAAUUUGUAAAAUUAGACCAGCAUGUUGUUGAUUUUACGAAACAUUUGAAAGACACGAUAAAGAAAAAGAUGAUCACUUCUGCUUGGUGGUGUUACGUACGUGAUGUGAAACGGAAAGUUGAUGUCGAUUUAUUUGUGUCGAUGGUUGAUAAAAUAUUACAGGACUAUAUUGAAUGGUCACCACAAUUAAAUCCAUCAUCAUCUCCAUCAAUAACUACACCUGCUAAUAAUGACCAUGAUAACACAUUAAUUACUUCCAUCAAUAAUCAAAUGACAACAAAAGUGACAUCGUCAUCAUCAUUACCUAUUAUUGAAAAGGAAGAACAAGAAACGGAACCAGAAACCAGUAAUAAAAAUGAAACAUCAACAUCACUGAUAGAUGAACCAGAAUUAGAUUCUACUUCAAAUUCAGGAACAGAAACAACAACGACGAUAAUAACUGCUGCAGAAACGACAAGUAUUUCCUCCUCUUUCACUCCAAAAAUUACAAGUCCGUCAUUUCCCGAUAUAUGUCGGCAAGCGAAAUGUUGUGGUCCUAGAUGCGAACAAUCAAUGAAACGUAAUGUGUUUGGACCAAUUAAUGCAUGGAAACAGAGUGUAGAACAUGAGCUUGAAGUUCAUGUAAAAGCACGGAACUGGAAGCUUGUUGAAGAAAUACAGAGACAAUGA